AUGACAAAAUCUACAGCUCGGGUGGUGAUUGUCUUUGCACAUGAGAGUCAUGUGAUUAAACUCAUGAAAGAGGUGGUGAGGCGUAAUGUGACAGGCCUGCAGUGGAUCGCCAGUGAAGGCUGGACAUCAGCUGUUGUGCUCCAGACGCCUGACCUCAUGCCGUACCUUGCUGGAACACUCGGCAUCGCCAUCCGUCAAGGAGAAAUACCAGGCCUAGCUGACUUCCUGUUACAUAUACGCCCUGACCUACAUCACAACACCAAUCAUGGACAGAACGUGGUGAAUCAGUUUUGGGAGCACACUUUUCAGUGUAGGUUUGAACCUCCACCGGCAGGUUGGGUGGAAGCUGGAGGAGAAUUAUGCUCUGGACAGGAAGCUCUAGAGGAUGUGGAGACUGAGUUUUUGGACUUUGCAGGCCUAAGGCCAGAGUAUAAUGCAUACAAGGCUGUGUACGCUCUGGCGUAUGCUCUUGAUGACAUGCUGCAGUGUGAACCGGGGAGAGGACCUUUCAGCAACAACACCUGUGCUCAUUUACAAAGACUGGAGCCAUGGCAGCUGUUGUUUUACAUGGAAAAAGUCAACUUCACCACAGCAUUUGGCGAUCGAGUGUCAUUUGAUGAGAAUGGUGACGCCUUACCGAUAUAUGACAUCAUGAACUGGGAAUGGCUUCCUGAUGAAAAAUCUGAAGUUCAGAUUGUGGGGGAGGUCAAGAGGUCAGCCUUCAAAGGUGAAGAACUCUCACUGGAUGAAGACAAAAUCUUCUGGAACUUUGAAUCCAAAAAGCCUCCUCGGUCAGUGUGCAGUGAGAGUUGUCCUCCAGGUACCCGCAUGGCCAGAAAGAAGGGGGAACCUGAGUGUUGUUUUGACUGUGUCCCUUGUUCUGAGGGAAAGAUCAGCAAUAUGACUGACUCCAUGGAGUGCACCAGUUGUCCAGAAGAUUUCUGGUCCAGCCUGCAGCGUGACCACUGUGUUCCUAAGCAAACAGAGUUCCUCUCCUAUUAUGAACCUCUGGGUAUCUGCUUGACAUUCACCUCACUGUUGGGCACGUUUAUCUGCAUUGUUGUUCUGGGCAUCUUCAUCCAUCAUCACAGCACACCUAUAGUUCGUGCCAACAAUUCAGAACUCAGUUUUCUUCUCUUGGUUUCACUUAAAUUGUGUUUCUUGUGUUCCUUGCUCUUCAUUGGACGACCCAGACCGUGGACUUGUCAACUGAGACAUGCAGCAUUUGGCAUCAGCUUUGUGCUUUGUGUCUCAUGUAUCCUGGUGAAAACCAUGGUGGUUCUGGCUGUGUUCAGAGCCUCCAAACCAGGAGGUGAGUCCAGUCUCAAGUGGUUUGGUGCUGUGCAGCAGAGAGGGACAGUUCUGGUUCUGACUUCUAUUCAAGCAGCAAUCUGCACUGUCUGGCUUGUCUCUGCUUCACCAAUGCCUUAUAAAAACACCCAGUAUUACAAUGACAAGAUAGUUUAUGAGUGUGUAGUUGGGUCCACAGUUGGUUUUGCAGUUUUACUUGGUUAUAUUGGUUUACUGGCCAUCCUCAGUUGUUUGUUAGCCUUUUUAGCAAGGAAUCUUCCGGACAGUUUCAAUGAGGCCAAACUCAUCACUUUCAGCAUGCUGAUCUUCUGUGCAGUGUGGGUGGCCUUUAUCCCUGCUUACAUCAACUCACCAGGCAAAUAUGCAGAUGCAGUGGAGGUAUUUGCCAUCCUAGCCUCCAGCUUUGGCCUCUUGGUGGCGCUGUUUGGACCUAAAUGUUAUAUAAUCCUUGUGAGACCAGAGAGGAACACAAAGAAAGCCAUCAUGGGUCGUGGCACCACACAGUAAAAACGUUACCACUUC